AUGGUCACGCUAAAGCUUGCAAACGAACAAGUCCAGAAGCUGAAGAAGAGGGCAAAUCAGGACCGUCAGAUCAGUACUACCCUCGAAACAUCACGACCUUAUACGCGGUAUGAGGUCUUAACGGCUCAUAUUUGGAGGUGUUCAACUAAGGCGAGGAAGCACCAGAGGGAACAACCCACAGCGUGCGCCAUAACAAUCGACUCACGAAAGCGCCUUCAGUCGCCGUUACCAUUUUCGUACUUCGGUAAUGGAGUUUUCUACAUAAUGGCGAGCUGUACCUCUGGAGAUUUGUUGUCUAAGUCGUUAGGUUUCGGAGCGAGUAAAGUACGCUUGGCAAUUGAGUCAACUAAUGGAGGAGGCAAAUACUAUGGGAAUCCAAAUGUUGGCGUCAUAAAUUGGAUGAACUUACCGUUUGAGGGUAUUGAUUUCGGAUGGGGAAAGGAGAUCCAUUUUGGGCCUGCUUACCACAAAGUUGAUGGUGACUUGUGGAUACUUAGGAGUGGUGAUGAAGAUGAGUCCCUCUUGAUUGUCAUUUGCCUUCUUGUGGAACAUGUCAAAGCUUUCAAGAAGUACUUCUUUGAUGAUAUUUAA